AUGGCAUCUGCUGACAUACAAGCUGGCGCUACUCGAUAUGAUCUGCAGCCGCUCGAAGAUGCCCUGAAAGCUCGCGGUUUGGAAGGCAUCUACACGCGAGACUUUAUGGUACAGCUCUCCAAUGACACGGCGAAAUUGCGUUUAGGAGAGUUAUCCUUAGCUGCACUCAAGCACGAAGACACGGCUCCAGCCUGGCUACGCAACAGUCUUACCGGCGAAGUCAAUCCCCCCAAUCCUGGGCUACGCACAUACUCUGGCCAUUGGUACAACAGCUACCUCCGAAUUGCAGCUUACGGCUAUGGCAAGGGCCCGGAUCUUCUCAUCAAGGCCCGUCACACAGACGGUUUGAUUGCUCCUCCAGACCAUGGGUUUGACCCACACAAGGCAUGCUCCCCUGUGCAGUUGACUUCGCAUGCGCCACAUCAAGACGACCAGUUGACGCAGAAGCUACAAAAUUGGGCUGUUUGCAACGACGUGUUGGGCGUCAGCAGGACGCGUACACUUGCACAGCUGCAGAUCAUACAGCAUUACCUGCAGUCUGGCGCACCGCGCAUAGACAAAGUUGUGUGCAUGGGUCUAGGAAGUCUGUCACGUCAGACCGGUACCUUGAGUGGGUUGGACGCCUGGUUUCGCCCUUACUCGCAGCACAUUGUUGCAUUAAGCAUCGCCAAGGCUCUUGACGAUCUCUACGAGCAUCAAUACGAACGUUAUGGAGAUAAUGAUACGAGAGUUCGCGUACUUGCGCAGGAUCCCGGAUAUUCAGACUCCGACAAGCAAGUCCUGGCUGAGAACGGCAUCACUGUGCUCGAAGAUCCAAACGGACUUAUCGCUAUCGAUGAGAAGACAUUUGUCAUGAGUGCCUUCCCUUCAUUUCCUCUGUAUGAGAUCAUCGCAGAUAUGUUACCAGGCAGUGGACCAGCGGCCAUCUUCGACGCUUCUCUGCCUGCCAGUGUGACUGGUUCCCACCACCUCGCGUUAAGAUGA